GGAGAUCGUCAACUCAUUGGAAGGUGUGUCGGGACCAAUUUUUAGUUCCAAUAGUUUUAUUUUUUAAUUUAUAACCUGGCUGAUCUCAAAAAACAAGUUUCGUCGCACACAACCACUUCCACGGAUGUCUGGAUAUUUACCAUGUAGGGGGCGGGGUUUGUUUGUUAAUAUUUUAUCUGAACAAAUCAUCUUGAUUUGGGAGUGAAAAGCUUUUAUUUCUUGUCAACAGCACCCCGUCUUCAAAAAUCGUUCAAAGACCCCUUGGGAGAGGGGGAUUGGUGAAAUCGAUAGGCUUUUUCAUUUCAGUGCCGUAUUAUAAUAGUGAAACUACCAAAUUACCUGGCAAGCGCACCAUCGGUCUAUUGUCCCGUCGUAUAACCAAGGAGCUCCUUGGUACGGUAUAACGUAGGCACAUGGAGCUAACAUGGUAGGCCUACUCAUUGUAUUAAACAUGGUGUUAGUCCAUUCGAGUCAUGGCCAAUUCAUCGAAACAAGACGAAGGCGGUACUCCAUGUCGACCAUCCAGAGGGUUUAAACGGUGGUUCAUCUUAGCCGGUCUGUUCAUGGUGUCUUUUCUAGAAUUAGGAUCAACCCGGGUACUUUCUCUACUUCUUGAUGACUUUACAUUUCAGUUUGAUGUCAGUACUUCUUACAUCGGGGCGAUAUAUGGUCUUGUUUCUGGAAUGCCGUAUUUCUUAGGGUUAAUCACCGUACCUCUACUGCGCUACUUCUCGGUUCGACUGCUUACGAUAGGUGGUGGUAUAUUGGCAACGGGAGGACUGAUUGCUGCCUCGUUUACCACGACAGCACCACAGUUAACAGCAGCUUUAAUUGCGUUCGGUUUCGGAUUCGUCUUCAUAGUUCUACCGACUAACUCGAGCCCGACUGAUUAUUUUCCUGAUUAUUUUGAGAUUGCGACUGGAGUCUUAAUCUCGGGUGGAAGUGUUGGGGUGAUGGUUAUGCCUUGGCUCUUUGACAUUAUCAUUGACAAUUAUGGAUGGAGAGGUGGCCUUCUAUUGUUGGGCGCGCUUAACUCCCAUUACAUUUUAAUUGGUUCACUUCUAAAACCUACAAAAAGGAGAAGCAAAAGAAAGGACUCCUGCUCAAAUCAGGAUGGUGAACAUGUGGAAGGGCAAAUGCACGCCACUUGUGAAGCAGAUGCGAUCGAUUUACAAACUAGAGUAGACGAUCAUCAAGGACAACCCUUUUCACCAUCGCCUUAUACUGAUCAUAGUCAACAUGCGGCCGGAAUAGCUUCUCUUGAUCAUGGUGACGACAGAAAAUUGACACUUUAUUCAAACAUUAGUCAGGAACUAAACAUCGAUGUCCAUUUAAUUGAAGAUGGUGCCGAUGUGCAUGGGUAUGUAAACUUGAAUUAUGAAGGAGAUCCGCCUGGUAAAGAACUAAAUAGCAAAACACAUUACCAAGGUCAAUGUUUAGAAACAGAAAUGCAGAGUGCGGUAAAAGAAGAACGUCCAAAGACCAUGCAGAUUUCUAAUCUCGACACAGAUGAGAUGGAAUCCUCCAUUGUGCAUCAUAGCAAUAAACAGUCAACAAGAUCAAACCUGAACAGAAAGACAGGAUCCAGUGCAAAUUUCGAAGAAGUUGAAAUGAAUAGAACAGAUACUGAAACCAAUGACAAGAACGAACGCAAAGUCACAGAUAGCUCUUGUUCCUGUAGUGUUGUAUCCUCAAUUGCAAGAUUCUAUAAAGAACACCCCCUAAUGAUCGUAAUUUGUAUCCAGGUGUAUCUAUUCGCCUGUACCUAUGUUGCCUGGCUAUUGUUUACUAUCCCUAACGCUCAAGCCAAAGGCCUAUCUGACCUGAGGGCUGCCCAACUCUCAAUCGCAGGUGGAGUUGCGAACUUCAUCGGUCGAUUCUCUUGUGGCUUUAUCACCUCUAAAGAAGUGGCAAGUAUCGAAGUCUGGUACAUGAUUGCGAGUGCUCUUUCGGCAACUGCAUUCUUUGUGAACUAUGUGGCUGAUUCCUUUUGGUUCCUGACCGCCCUCUCCGUUAUGUUUGGCUUUUCAAUCGGUUUCAAGGCGCCUGCACAAUUUACUCUCGUCAUGAAUGCUGUCGGAAAAGAACACUUCAAGAUAGGAUUGGGAAUACUAUUUCUAGUCGGUGGCUCGGUGUACCCCUUUGUUGGAUUAAUAUCAGGAGCAAUCUACGACCGGACUCAAUCAUAUGACGUCACAUUCUGCAUCAUGGGGGCUCUAGAUGUCAUUGCCGGCAUUUUGAUGAUCGCCCCUAUUACCUGGAAUAGAUUUUGCAGAAAACAUCCGCCCGACUUUUCAGAAUGAUAGCAGGCUCUUUUCAAGGCUAUCAGUGGAGAGGGUUCUCAAUGGGCAAUCUGCCGGACUUUUCGCAUUUACUGCGGGGAAACUCUCUACAACGCACCAAUGUCUUUGAAAAUUCAAGUCAAAUCGCAAUGGAGAGCUGAGAGGUUGUUGCCCUAGAGUUGCAUGCAAGAUAUGGGAGGGGUCGAAAUGGAGCAGUGCCACGACUUUGGUGGUGCCAGGAUGGGGUCCUUGCACACCGUGCAGUCAGGGUUAGGGAAAGACGCCUAGAACUUUUUCCCAACAGAGUCGUCGGAUUGGGGCAUGGUGUAGAGUGGCCGCCAAUUUAGUCCCUUGUGACUUUUGUCUUUGGGGGUACUUGAACAUCCAGGAUCUGACCACACGCAUCACCAAUGAAGUCACCUUGAGAAGGAUAAGAAUCGUCAGGCGUGCUGUUAAUUCCAUGAUCACCAGGGCACAUCAUUGCAUCAACCUGGAUGGAAGUAAGGUGGAAGGACGUGCUGGAGGACAUUAAAGAUUGAAGUUGGAAUUUGACAAACUGCAAAUGAAAUAGAUUCUGUGAAAGCAAAGACAACCAGUGAAACUGAACUUUUGUUAAGUUUUUGUAAGACAGUUGAACUUCAUUUCACCUUCUUGAAAACAAAAUCAUGAACACAGUUGUUAAACUGUAAUAAAAUAUGAAAACACAAUGAGGUACCUGGUGUUUAAUGUUGCAUUGUGUUGUGUAUCUUCUUUUGAUUCAAACUUGGAAUGAGCUCAAAUGCAGUGUUGUUACAUAAUAGACUCUCUAUUCAAAACCACUUAAAAUGAAAUUUUCACAUAAGUUACAUUAUGAUAUGGGCUUUCAAAAUAAAGGUAUCAAAUUUGGAAUAAUUCGUUAUUUUACAAUUACUUUAGCGUUCAAUCAGAGGGACAUUUUUUUUAGGGGACGCGUUGCAUAUAUAUUGUAACGAAAUGAAAGGUUUAUUUAAUUUUCAGCAUGGUUUCGCAACAGUGAAGAGCGUAGAAUAAUUUUUAAUUAAUGUGUAUUGUUGCAUUGGGAAAUUCAGUAAUCAUUUGUAAUGGAUUAUUUAGGUAUUUUCUUUAAAAUGUAUUUAAUCACUAUUUGCUGAGAAAUAACGAUGUUUAAAACUGUUUGAUUAAUCUAGAUGUUUAUCUUUAAUUGUUCUUCACUGUUCGGGUAAAAAUAGUAGUGACAAUUACGAUUGCUGUAGUUGAAAAGAUUUAUGUCAUCACUCUAACUGUUUUCAAAAGAUGAUUAAAUUUUACGGCCUGACAAUCUCCCUCCUGAACCGUCGAGCAUAAUCGAGCUCCAUGCUCAAUUAUGAGCCAUGCAAUAUGCUAGGCAGAAAGAGGUCUCUGAACGAAUCUCUGUUCAAUUCUCAUUGGAACCUGCUGCGACAGGAUGAGCAUGAUUUCUUCAGUAAAGUUAUAAGAACUGAA